CAGGCUCCUAAGGAAAGAUGAGCGGCUAGCUUUUCAUUUUCUCCUUUGGCGGGGAGAAAAUUGUCAGGCCUCUCCUGUCUCCGCGCCCUUCAGAGCCUGCGAAGAACAUCAUUUUCGCAAUCCCAAAUCCGCUGCAGCCCACAAACCCAGAGAGCCAGAGAGGUGCCCCACUCGCUACCCAACCGGCUUCCGGCAUGGGUCGGUCGGGGAAGGAGAGCCCAGCUAUACCUCACACCGUACAGUAGCAGCAGCGGCGGCAGCGACACACCGGCGACCGAGAGGCCCAAGCCUCAGAAUGCAGUCACCAUCGCUGUGUCCUCCAGAGCCUUAUUUCGCAUGGACGAGGAGCAGCGGAUCUACACGGAGCAGGGCGUAGAGGAGUAUGUGCGCUACCAGCUGGAACAUGAGAACGAGCCCUUCAGCCCCGGGCCUGCCUUCCCUUUUGUGAAGGCUCUGGAGGCCGUGAACAGGCGGCUGCGGGAGCUGUACCCCGAGAGUGAGGACGUCUUCGACAUCGUCCUCGUGACCAACAACCACGCUCAAGUGGGUGUCCGCCUCAUCAACAGUAUCAACCACUAUGACCUGUUCAUCGAGAGGUUCUGCAUGACGGGUGGGAACAGCCCCAUCUGCUACCUCAAGGCCUAUCACACCAAUCUCUACUUGUCAGCCGAUGCAGAAAAAGUGCGAGAAGCCAUUGAUGAGGGGAUCGCAGCUGCCACCAUCUUCAGCCCCAGCAGGGACGUGGCUGUGUCCCAGAGUCAACUGCGCGUGGCCUUCGAUGGGGACGCUGUGCUCUUCUCGGAUGAGUCGGAGCGCAUUGUCAAGGCCCACGGGCUGGACCGAUUCUUCGAGCAUGAGAAGGCCCACGAGAACAAACCUCUGGCUCAGGGCCCCUUAAAGGGCUUUCUGGAGGCACUGGGUAGGUUGCAGAAGAAGUUCUACUCCAAAGGCCUGAGGCUGGAGUGCCCAAUUCGUACCUACUUGGUGACAGCACGCAGUGCAGCCAGUUCUGGGGCCCGGGCACUCAAGACCCUGCGCAGCUGGGGCCUGGAGACAGAUGAAGCCUUGUUCCUCGCUGGAGCACCCAAGGGCCCCCUCCUCGAGAAGAUCCGCCCACACAUCUUCUUUGAUGACCAGAUGUUCCAUGUGGCUGGGGCUCAGGAGAUGGGCACCGUGGCUGCUCAUGUGCCUUACGGCGUGGCACAGACACCCCGGCGGACUGCACCUGCAAAGCAGGCCCCAUCUGCACAGUAGCUGAACCCCCAGCUCUACUGACCCACAUUGCUGCAGGCUCCCCGUCAUACUUCGACACCUCCUCUGGUAGAUCCCUCUAGUUUCUCAUUGUUCUGCCCUUCUGACUGUCUGCCCUCAUCCCUACAGGUGAUGUACUUGUAGGAAAUUAUGCAGACAGGACUGGCAUUCUCAACAUCCCUCCUCUGGGACAAAUUCUGUGCCCUGAUCCUGAGUAGGACAGUAAGACUGUGCAGAGUAGCUGGAUUUCAGGGAGAAGUUAAUGGGUCUGAGAGAGGGAGGGUCAGAGAAGCCAGGAUUUCUUAAAAGGGGCUUGGGAUGAAAACUAGCUCAAUGUAGUGUAAUGAACACUGCUUUAAGAGAGAGUGGAUCUGGCUUCUAAGCUCUGUCCUGCCAUUAACUGCAUGACUUUGAGUGAGUCCCUCCCCUUCACGGGCCCCAGUUUCCUCAUCUUAUAGGUGGUUUUCAAGCUCCCUUUAGGCCAAAGAAGUUUGGUUCUUUAAGAUCGCCCUCUUAGGCCAGGCGCGGUGGCUUACACCCAUAAUCCCGGUACUUUGGGAGGCCAAGGCGGGUGGAUCACCUGAGGUCUGGAGUUCAGGACCAGCCUGAACAACGUGGAGAAACCCCGUCUCUACUAAAAAUACAAAAUUAGCCAGGCAUGGUGGCGCAUGCCUGCAGUCCCAGCUACUCAGGAGGCUGAGGCAGAACUGCUUGAACACAGGAGACGGAGCUUGCAAUGAGCCAAGAUCACUCAUUGUACUCCAGCCUAGGCAACUAGAGUGAAAUCCCAUCUCAAAAAAAAAAAAAAAAAAAAAAAAAGAAUCACCCUCUUAGAUGGUAUGGCACUUUUGUGCAAAUUACAGAAGAACACUGUCUAGGUGAAUGAAGAAUAAAAAGACAGCCCUUCCUCUGGCCUGGCCUGACCCAGACCCAUGCUGAGAUACACAGCUUAGCAGGAUAGAGGCUGGAUUUCAGUCCCCAUAUGCCCUUCCGCUCAGAGGCCUUUGUCAAAUGGACAAAAUGCAUAAUUGCCCCAGCAACCCUAUCUAUAAUUUUACACAUUUUGAAACCACUAGACAAGAUGACCUAUCUGCUCCUUUGAUUCUCUAGCCUGAAUGAUCAUCAGGGCUCAGCCCAGGAAGCAAGGGUCGUGAAUUUAACCUGCAUACAAAGUCUCCUCCAGCCAGCAGGGGGCACUGCAGGCUCUUCCCCGGGAGGAGCUUUAGUAGCCGCCUGCUCAGUUUCCUUUGCUCUUGCUUUGAGGGAAAGUUCAGUUGCUCCUGACUACCAAGACCCUCACUUCCACCACCCUGACUCCCCCAGCUGUUGCAUCCUGUUGAGCAGCUCUGCUGGUGGAAUACGGGGCAGAGCAUCAGUGUCCCCAAUUCUAGGGGAAGAGCGCAGUGGCUGAAGUAGGCGGUUGCCCAGGCUGAGUCCCAGGAUGAGGUGCUGCCUGGGGUAAAGUGGGAAGUGUCAGGAAGUCCGGCGUGAGGCAAAAGGUACUGAGACAGUGACGCUUGGAGAGGAAGGAGCUGACAUGGCACUAACACAAUUCUCCAGCUGUGGGAUUGUGAGCGGAAGGCCAGUCAGAGCUGCCUUUGAGGUAAUGAGCUCUCCAUUACUGGAUGCUGUGCAAGGGCUUCUGGGAUGAGGUGACCUCCCCAUGAGACACACCAGAGGAUCCUUCAAAUUUGCAGGAGCCCCUGUGACCCCUUCUUCACCACUUCCAAAGGAGAACUCUCACCACUUGAUGAGUCAGCCUCCUCCUUUGCUGAGCAUCCCUAGCUCUCUCUGGAGGGAGGGUAGAAGCACCAAUGGCUGGUGCCCAGGAAGACCGAAGGAGUGAGCAUGAUGUGUGAACUGAUUGCCAGGCUUCUGGGAGGAAUCCUAGUCUUGAGCAAGCACUUUGUAAAGAAAACCAAAGGUAUCAUGAGAGGGGGAGGAGCCUGGAGGUGUGCUGGCAGGAAAUGGGGAGGAGAGCACUCUGGGGCUUGAUCUUUGUCCUUCUGGGGACUCAGCUCAGGGUCUGAGUGAGCACAGGUUCUCCGCAGUGUGGGGCAGGGUGAGAGAUGCAGAAAGCUAUCCCAGGAAGGAGAACAAAGUGAGAAGGCAGAGGUGGUUCUCAAGGUGGGCAAUGAUCUGGGCCAGAAGAGAAGGGCUGGGCUGACCUUUUGCUGUCAUUGUCAGAGGUCUCCAUGAGGCAGGUCCCAGGGAGGAAGGGCAUGGCUGUGUGGAGUGACUGGGACAGACACCCACAGUGAUUGCUUUAUCAGGGGACACUGGCAUUAUUGCCCCUAGAAGGGCCCACGAUAAUGUCUUUGCUUGAGGCCAUUUCUGCUGCACAGCCAGGAUCCUUCUGGCUACAACAGAGGAGACCUUGGGGCAGAAGGCCUGGGUUACGUCUCUACUUCCUGAGCUCCAAGCCUAGACAGAGGUGCUGUGAGAGCCAAGAACAACCUCAAGGCAACAAAAAGGAAGUGAAGGAGGGAGCCCAGCCCCUGAGUCCCCUUCAUUCUUGGCUGAACCGCAGAAAGGCCCUUUCCUUCUCACUCCCAGGGAUCACCCCCGUGGAAGAGCCUCCAAGGCUCACAGAACUAGUGACUGCAAAGCCUACAAGGCCAGGCACAGCCCAGGCUCACAGCAUGGCAAUAGGCUGCCUGACCAGGGUGGAUCUGCACACUGGGGUGGCACCAGAUGUCACCUAAUUAAGAUAAACUGCAGGGAUUCUGGGACUUGUGCGGUCUUGCCCCCAGGGCCUGGUGAUGAACACCACUGAUUAUUCCGUGUCUCUCAGGAAGCAGGAAAAUAUGAUGCUGGAAGCAGAAAGAUGAGCAGCAGAAAAAGCCAUGGAUUUCACUGGAGCUAUCAUUAACAGACACAGACAGCCCUGGGCAGUGGAGAGACACUAAGAGCUAAAUUCUAUUAUUGACAUCACAAAUGAGCAUCUUCUCAGGCCUAGAAAAAACGCUUUCAGUCGCUGGAAUAAAAAGCCAGAAAUCUGGGGGGCAGCCUUAGGCAGCAGUUACACAGGCCUUCUGAUUGUCUUCAAGGUGAGGAGAUGCCCAGGAAUGAGGAGUAUUGGGUAUUGUGUCACCAGGAAAUUAAAAAGCCAGGUGAGCACCAAAAUCCCAGGCCCAAGCAGGGAGUGCAGAACUGAGGCGGAGGGGCCACAGCUUCUGAAACACUGGUCCCCUUUAGCUGAGAGAACCACUUCCCCAACAAGCUGCAAAGCACUGGUCCCAGGAGACGCCUGCCAGCAAAGUCCCAGAGCCAAUGGGAGUGCCGCUUAGCAGAAACACAGAAGCCCUGUUACUAAGCACUGAGCUUGCUCAGCCAGUUGCAAAACAUCCUCCUCUCCUAUAUGAGAGCCCAAUCAGAGUAGUGGGAAUAUAUCAGAAUAUGCCAGAAAAAAUAGAAACUGGCAAGAAGUUCAAAGCCAAGAUGGAUUUGGCAUUAUAAUGAUACUCAAUUGGUGUGCACCAGUACAGCCAAACUGAUGAUUAACAUCUUGAAAUACCUCAAUACCAGUUGGUAAGUAAUGCUGCACUGAGUCCCCUGAAUGUCUCUUCGUGGCCUCAGCUGACCCCUCCACUGUGAGCGCUUCAUUCUCCCACAAUGCGGCCUCUAGGGGGCUGCAGCAGCACGAUGGCCAGUAUCUGCUCUGUUUUGUGGUGUCCUGGUCAUGCUGGUUUAGGGAGGUAAAGUAACUUGCCCAAAGCCAUAGAGCUAGUAAGGGGCAGUGCUGGGACUCCAACUCGUGUCCAUCUGAUGCUAGGUCCCAGGUUUCCAACCACUUUGUCAUAUGGCUCAUACAUACGCAUGGAGAUAGCCAGAGAAGCUCCAUUCUGCGGUCUUCACUACAGGAGUUCACUCACCUGACAGUUAACAUGUUGAUUUCCUGUAUGGUGAAAUGCUGGAAUUCACUUGAGUGGGUGCUUCUAUUAUAGUUUCCUAAACAGCUAAAAAUAAUUUAAAUUAGAGCCAAAUAUUUGCAAACCCCUGGAAGCACUUCCAAACAAUCCCAAGUUCUGAGAAAGUCAGUGUGAAGACCCCUGUUUGGGGCUAACGCGGGUUUGGCCAAACUCCAGGCCCAUGGGCCACAUCUGACUCAUCACCUUUUUUUGUAAAGAAACUGAUUGGAACACAGCCAUGCCCAUUUGUUUAUAUAUGUUUAUGGCCGAUCUUGCACUGCAGCAACAGAGAUGAAUUGUUACAACAGAGACUGAAAGCCAUGAGUAUUUGUUAUCUAGCCCUUUACAGAAAAACGUGGGAUAAGGCAGACAGCCUGGCAAAUGCCUCAAUGGGAUGAGCCAAGUCACAUCCACCUCUGCAUCUGUGGACGGAGGUUGGCUCCACUCCUGAAGAGCGGGGCUCCGGGCCAUCUGAAGAUUCCAAGUUCUGACUAUUUUCAAGCGACCCAGGGCUCAUGGUACUUUGCAGUUUUGUUAAUGCACUGAUUUGGCCUGAGUGUGCUCUCCCAAGCUGAUAAGUGAGAGGGCAGGAGCAGGCCCUGUGGCUGGGAAUGAGCCCAGCUGGCUGUCACCAUGCUUCGUAUUCCCGACCCAUUUCCUCGUGAGGCCUCUUAGGCAAUGAUGAGCCUGGUAGGUGAACGGGCAUUAGCUAGAUAUGAGUUUUGGAUAGACUGAAGUGCCCACUGUUGACUUCAGCGGCUCUGAGCCAACAAGGUCAUCCAUGUACUUUCUGUGAAAGCAAGAACAAGUCUGUCGUGAAGAGGGUCCCAUGAGGAUUUUAGCCAGUUCAGAAGUUACUGAUCAAGUGAGAGAAAACUGCUGUCACAGAUGGAAUGGCAGUUUCUAGUGGCAUGAGGGCAUGUGAGCAGUAAAGUCAAAUACCCCUCAUUUGGAAAUUUACCAGGCUUCCAGGAUCCACUGCAAGAACGAAGAGUUUGGAAGAUGCCCAUCUACAGCCAUCAUUGCUGUCGCUAUUCCAUCAUGAUAUUCUUCUCCACCAAGCCCAGACCGGGUCUCAGAAUCUUUCUCCACCCAGAAUUCCAGGCAGCCACUUCCCGUGGGCUGGAGCUGGUGUGAAAGAUGAAACCUCUUUUGCCAUCCCUAUUUGCGUUGGGUUUUGCUAUCCACGAGGCAUGCAAGGCCAUCCCGGAACGUUCAUUCUCUGAGGGUAUGACACAACUCUGAGGAUAUCAGAGUCUCCCCUGACUUGGGUAGGACACGGAGUGGGCGAGUAGCAUCAUGUGGCUGGCAGUCUCCCAGGUCAUGGGUUUUAUCGUUUUGAAGCAAAACACAAACCUCCUUUCUGCCAGUAGGUGGCACUGCAGGCUGACACUCAGCGGCUGGCAGUAGUCAAGUGAUUCUCACUGAUUUGUUUCUCUCCUUUUGACUUAGUGCUGAGCUGGACUCUCCCCAUGGUUAGCUCUAGCCAGCCACGAAGGACUUCAGGUGCUCUGGAAACGUUGCUAAACAGCCUGAGUGAUGAGCCGAUUGCUCUUGCCGAUAAUUACUGUGAUUGUGUGUAUGGAUGCACACAUAUAAGUUUGUGCAACAGGAUAAAAAUCGUGCGCACAAGCGUAUUUAUGUGGAUGUGUGUAAUGGGUCAGGUAUCUCAGCCAAUUACUCUGUGUGUGUGCUCACUGAGUGUGUACAGAUGAUUAUCUCUGUUAACUGAGUGUCCUGGGACCCACGUACUGACAGCCAGCCCUGGAAUAGUUGUACCUGUUCUCAUCAUAACAUGGGUAUUUGCAUAUGUGCAGCUUGAAAGCCACCGAGAGCAGCCCCUAACCUCUGGCCAAGAAGGUCUUGGCUCUUAACCCUUUGCCUCCUACCCCUACUCCUGAGUCUUCGGAAGAAAGUGGUAGAAUCUGCGUAAGGACAGCCCUUUUGACUACACCUGCCUCAUCUCCAUUUGUUUCUUCCCUCUCCCUAGCAGUGCCAAGGCCAACAUGUCCAGUUGUGCAGAUUACGCACUGCAAACAUCUAGAGGGAGCCAUUUGCACUGUGACGUGGAUGGUACCUCUUAGACACCUGUGCAACCUACCAACUGUAUACAGGUGCCCUGGUCAUCUCACGGCCACGGCUAGGAAAGUUGCCUUCCUUCCGCCUGCUGGCCCUGUCCAACCUAGGCAAGGAUCCCUGCCUCUGCUUGAGUGUUCUAAUGUGGCCCAGAAGUGACUUACCUUUGAUCAAAGUAUCUCCCUGAUGGGCCAUCCCCUAUAGGCCUUUGGAAUUCCAUUUAUAAAAGUGAAAUGUGACUGGGAACUUUUCAGUUACUCAUUUUUGUGAAGUGAAAGCCUCUGUAAGGCAAACCAAAGCUGUGAAGACUGGGAUCACUGGCUCCCACACUCCUGGCCUGUGGGUGAAUAUGCCUUCAUGGCCGUCUGCCACGGAAUUAGGGUAAAGGCCUCAAGGCUUGUCUUGUAGCUAGCUGCCACCAAGUAGGAAAUCACUGAGGUCACCCCAAACUGGAUGCCUGGGCCAGGGGUCACAAACCCCAAUGCCUUCAGAGGCCAGGCAGGAAACAUAAAUGAGUAGAGAGGAUUCGGCUGGGUCUGCAGUGAGAAUGGAGGAUGCUGUGGUCUGCCACAGUUGCUGCCACAUACGAAUGUGACACACGCAUGUAGCAUGUCCACCCCAUUUUUGAAGAGAAGCCAGGAAUCUGGACUUUCAAAUGUUAGCAACUAUUUUGAAUUUAGAAAACACUGUCCAGGCCAAAUAAGAGAUAUUCUGUAGUCUAGAUCCUGCCCUCGAAUAUCCAGUUUGCAUCCACUGGCCCAGGCCCAGAGACUUGGGUUUUUAAAACACGCAUCACUGAGAGUCUGAGGACAUGACACACAGAUUCUCAAUGCUGGAUCUUUAAGAGACCCCAGAGAUGACCUAGCUCAGCCUUUGUGCAUUCAAAACUGCAAAUGUACAAACUUCUGUAUUAAUGUAAUAGCGCACAUAUACUUAACUUCUGGUUCCUACUUAAGAGCAUCUCAGUAACCUCCAAUAUAGAACAAGAAGAAAUAUGAAGCCUGUACACAUAAUGUGCUUGUAUCUACCUGUCAGAAGCCCUUUGCUUGGAUAGCAUUUGUGCCUCAGUCUUCCUCAUCACCCAACCUCUCCGGUUGCUUGUUAUGAUAAACCUAAGUGCCUCCAUAAAUGGUUAGAGCAUGUGUUUCUCCAUCUUUGUGACUUCCCUUGUCUGAGUAUAAGAUGCUCGUACUUCUCCCAGCUUUGCCCUCUUUGGCCUGCUAGUAGCAUACUCCACCAAUCCCGCCCUGUCUGGCUCUUUGUAGCAUUUACCUGGUCACAUGAUAAAGGGUGCUGAGUGCUUGUCAAUGUGGGUCCCUGUCACUUCUCAUGCAUGUCCUAUACCUUAAUUUUACUACAUGAGCUUCUGCUUCUUAAAAGCCAUUCAAGGCCAGGUAUGGUGGCUCACGCCUGUAAUCCCAGCACUUUGGGAGGCCAAGGCGGGCAGAUCAUGAGGUCAAGAGAUCAAGACCAUCCUGGCCAAAAUGAUGAAACCCCAUGUCUACUGAAAAUACAAAAAAAUUAGCUGAGUGUGGUGGCAUGCACCUGUAGUCCCAGCUACUCAGGAGGCUGAGACAGGAGAAUUGCUUGAACCCAGGAAGCAGAGGUUGCAGUGAACUGAGAUGGUGCCACUGCACUCCAGCCUGGUGACAGAGGGAAACUCUGUCUCAAAAAAAAUUCAAAUAAAUGGAGAGGUUUUUGAUUAAUUUA